GUUCUGUCGAGUUACGAUCGUUAUUGUGUCACGUGUAUUAUUUUUUUCUAAAUUUAGAUCGGAACUAUCCAACAACUAACAGGUUAUCUUUGUAGCCAUGAAUGUCACAUGUGCUGUCAUUUUAAAGAUAUCAAGAGGAUAAAUUAUCUAUCUAUAUGACGUUCUCGUAAAUUACCCAAAUUAUUUCACCAUGAUUUCUACAGCCCCAUUUGUUUCGUUGUUUCUCUUUUUGCUCAAUGCCCAAGCAGGCCCUGUGUUGAAUGUUCAACAUCCAAAAUUAUUAGUCGUUUCCUACGAUGCCUUCAGGUAUGACUACUUUGAGAGAAAUCUAACACCGUUUAUGAACCAAUUAAAAACAAAAGGCACAUAUACAGACUAUAUGAUCAACAUCUUUGUCACUAAAACUUUUCCCAAUCAUCAUACAAUGGCAACAGGAUUAUACGCAGAAACACAUGGGGUUGUAGAUAAUGAAUUUUAUGAUCUCACCACGGGCAAUAUUACAAAAUAUUCCUACAAGCUGUAUCACUAUGAUAACAAUGUUCUUCCUAUUUGGACGGUUAAUGAAAAAAAUGGCAGACACAGUGGUACAAUGAUGUGGCCAGGUUCUGCUUUUGAAUAUCAAGGAAUAUCGCCUACCUUUUCACAACAAUUCAAUGACAAAAUUCCAUGGGAAGACAGAAUCGAUACAUUAAUGUCAUGGUUUGUACAUCCCACAAAUCCAAUAAAUUUUGGAAUAUUAUAUAUCGAAGAACCAGAUUAUCAUGGUCAUGCUAUUGGAAUUAACACUCCUGAAUUUAAUAAAAUUUUACAAAGAUUGGACAAUAUUACAAGAUACAUGCAUGACAAAAUUGAUUAUUAUGGUUUGACAGAUCUUAAUGUAAUUCACUUAAGCGAUCAUGGCAUGGCGUCGGUCACAAUGGAACGAAUAAUAAAUUUGACAAAUUAUAUCAACGCCAGUGAUUAUACGUUUGUAGGAACAUCUCCAGGAUUACAUAUUUUUCCAAACCCUGGGAAAGAAGACUUGAUUUAUCAAAAAUUAAAGUCUGCCGCAGAACAAACGAAGACGUUCGAAGUAUAUAAAAGAAAAGAUAUUCCAAAGAAAUAUCAUUAUGGCAAUAAUACCCGUGUAGGGUCUAUUUUUAUCAUAGCUGAAGUUGGAUAUGCAUUUCAGAAUCUCUAUGAUACUAUAAAAUAUUACAAAAAGGAAUUUAAUAUUACGGUUAAUAAUCAGACGGAAUUUGGACUGCAUGGUUACAAUAACGAAGCUGUGGAGAUGCAUCCAUUUUUCUUUGCAAGUGGACCUGCCUUUUUAUCGGGAUGUAAAUUAGAACCUUUUAAUAACACGGACUUAUUUCCCUUAUUUUGUAAAAUACUUGAUUUGGAGUGCCCUAUAGUUAAUGGUACUUUAUCUCAUAUAACAAAGUGCCUUAGGACACAGCCGAAAGAUUUAUCAAUAUCUACAUAUAAAAUAAUCUUUGCAGUUAUCGUAAUCGCCAUAUUACUAGGAAGUUUAAUAUUGGUGACAAUAAUUUAUAGAAAAAAACGAAGAUUAUCACAUGGUUACAGGCUGGAGCCGAAUCGCAAGGUUCGUCGUGCGAAGAAAGUGUUGCCUCCUCUCUUUUCUCGAGGAGCUUCGGAGAUUUCGGUCGACAGUGAUAUGCCGCCACAAGAGAAAUUUACCGCGUCUGGCGGGGUUUCUGGAGACAUGUCCUCGAAAGACACAAGUCCAGAUGGCCUGUCAGCUUCGUCCGACGGACUUCCGGUGACCGGCAAGAAAUCUGCCAAGAAUCACAAGGACGGGGAGCAGGAUGAUCAGGAACAGCCCAAGGAUAUGGAUUUUGAUGAUUUGCUGCCGCAUGUCGGCGAAUUCGGCACCUAUCAGAGAAUUCUAUUUGUGUUGAUGAUACCGUUCGCCUUCUUCGUCGCCUGGGUGUACUUCUCGCAAAUAUUCAUCACUCUAGUGCCGGAAGAGCACUGGUGUCGUGUACCGGAAUUAGAGAAUCUUACGAUCGAGAAAAGAAUUGCGUUGGCUAUACCGGCUAAUGAAGAUGGCUACUCCAAAUGUACGAUGUAUGAUAUGAAUUACACAGAUCUUCUGUUAAAAGGGAUCGAAAAGGCUGAUCCGAAUUGGCCGAAGAAAAGUUGUUCGCACGGUUGGGAGUUUAACUUCACCGACAUCCCCUACGAGACUGUAGCGACCGAGUUGGGCUGGGUAUGCGAACACAGCGCACUGCCGACGACAGCCCAGAGCGUCUUUUUCGUCGGUGCGAUCUUCGGCGGCCUGAUUUUUGGAUGGAUCGCUGACAGAUACGGCAGGAUACCGGCGUUGGUCGGUGCCAAUGUCACUGGAUUCUUGGCGGGCGUCGCGACAGUGCUGGCCGGCAGUUUUUGGGAGUUUGCGCUGUGCCGGUUUUUCGUCGGCUUCGCUUUCGAUAAUUGCUUCACUAUGAUGUAUAUAUUAGUAUUGGAAUACGUGGGACCAAAGUGGCGCACUUUUGUGGCGAACAUGUCGAUAGCUCUCUUUUUUACAUUCGCCGCCUGUAUUCUACCUUGGAUCGCGUAUUUUUUGGCCGACUGGAGGAUGACUUGCAUCGCCAUAUCCGUUCCUCUGGCUCUAGCAAUAGCGGCGCCUUGGUUGGUACCAGAGAGCGCGAGGUGGCUUGUUAGUCAAGGACAAGUAGAGAGAGCCAUUAAAAUCCUGGGAAAAUUCGAACGCAUCAACGGGACGAAAGUGCCUGAGAACGUUUAUCAGCAGUUCCGUGAAACUUGCGCCAGAGCAUGCAAGGAACAAGAAGCAGAUAAAUCUUACUCUGUAGUGGACUUAUUUAAGAGUCCACGUUUGCGAAACGUUACGAUCCUUCUCAUUAUUAUUUGGAUGGCUAUAUCAUUGGUAUUCGACGGUCAUGUAAGAAAUGUGAAUAAUCUCGGACUCGACGUCUUUAUGACGUUUACCAUUGCGGCAUUUACUGAGCUACCCGCCGACACAUUCCUCACCCUCGUUCUAGACCGAUGGGGUAGACGAUGGUUAGCCUGCGGUACCAUGGUAAUUUCCGGAAUUUUUAGCAUUUGGGCAAGCGCAGUGUCAAACAAUAUUUACUCGGCCACCUUAGCGAUUGUUGGUAGAUUUUGGGUUAACAUCUCGUACAAUAUCGGUCUUCAGUACGCGGCUGAGGUAUUGCCAACGGUUGUAAGAGCUCAAGGAGUGGCCUUAAUUCAUAUAAUGGGAUAUGUGGCUAGCAUUCUUGCGCCUUUUGUCGUUUACCUGGAUGUUGUCUCAUCCAUUCUACCACUAUUAGUUCUCGGCAUUAUAGGUGUUUUCGGUGGUCUGCUGACACUCUUCUUGCCAGAAACGCUCGAUAAGGACUUGCCACAAACUUUGCAAGAUGGUGAAGAUUUUGGAAAAAAUCAGGAAAUGUGGGACAUGCCCUGUCUUUCCAAGAAAAAACCUGCAGUCGAGGUAAUGCCACCAGUGGCAAUCUUCCGAUCCUUUGAACGCAGCAGUCUACGGAAUUCAAUGAGAGCGUCUACACGCGGCGAGACUCUGAGAAGUAGCAUGAUACAAAGAUCAAGCAUAAGAUCGCGUAAGGGUGUAAAUGCGGCCACAGAAGUGGAUAGCGCAUGAAUUCUCUGAUAAAAAGAUAGCCCUGAUUUUUUGUAAAAUCCAUUUAUCGUCUACCUAUCAUUAUAUAUUUUUUUCUCUUCUAAAAUCAUGUGAUACCGGAGCUAUAAAAAUCAAGUUACAUAUGAUACAUAUAGAUAUCAAACCUUGACACCUUGACACAUGUCUGUAUCAAACUUUUAACACUCCAAUUUCAUAUCGACGAAAAGAAAGAAAUGUAGCACACUGCUGCUCUAGCUGCGUGCAUAAUUCAAU